GCAGGCUGCGGCGGCGGCAGGUAUAAAGGGGAGGCGGCGGGCGGUGUGUGGGACCGCGGCUCGGCGGCGCCACCGGUACCCAGCACCGCGCAGCACCGCCCCGCACCGCCGAGAGGAAAUCAUGGUUAUGCUGAAGAUUUCAUCUUUCCUUGCUGUUUAUGCCUUGGUCAUGUGCCAGAUGGAUAGCUUCCAGGCAGCCCCAGUCAGACCUGGCUUGGAGUCCAUAACAGAUCGAGUGACGCUCAGUGAUUACGAAGCUCGGAGGUUAUUAAACGCGCUGGUUAAAGAGUUCAUACAGAUGACAGCAGAAGAGGUGGAGCAAGCCUCUGAGGGGAACAGCCUGGAUAGACCUAUUUCCAAACGCUGUGCCAGUCUGAGUACUUGUGUGCUGGGCAAACUGUCUCAAGAAUUGCACAAAUUGCAGACUUACCCUCGCACUGACGUCGGGGCUGGAACUCCUGGCAAGAAACGAAAUGUGCUGAGUGACCUGGAACAUGAACGCUAUGCAAACUAUGGGGAACCCCUAGGAAACAACUAGACAUGCUUGUUUCUCCCCUCAUCCCUUUUUUUAACCUGAUGCAUGUGGAUUUAACUUUGCUAACUUUGCUAUGUUCUUUUGAUUUUGUUUUCGACAGAGAAUGUUUGAGGUGAACCUAGUGUUAGAAAGACAGAACAUAACAUGCAUUCUAGGCUAGGGUUAAAAAUAAAUAAAUACAAGUGAACAGCACUGCCUUGAGAUUUCAGAUGGUUUUCUUAGACCCUAUUAAAAAAAUCUAAACAAGGCUCUUCAUUUCUGGCUGCUAAAUGUUCAAGUAGACUUAUCUUUUCUGCUUGCUCAUGCAUUUGUUCAAUAAACCUAUUUUUUCUAUAAGGAUUAGAUCUGCUUGAUUUAAUAACUUGUUUUAGAUUGUGAGAUUUUUAAAUAUGGCUAGAAAAAUUUUACAAGUUGUCUUAAUGUUCAAGAGGCAAUGCCAGCAAUUCUAGAAAAGUUGACAGACAACUUAGAAAAUGAAACUGUACGCAUACAUUCAUAUGUACUGAUGUAACCGGGCAUGCAUCCAAUCUUGUUAGUGAAGAUCCUUGAGAAGCAAGGAAAUCGGGAAAGGCUCAUACAUAUUUGUUCAAACAAACUAGAAAUGUAAUCCUGUUUAAAAUUGAGUACUGAGCACUUCCAGGUAAGAAUUUUGUGUUCUUUUCCUUUUUCCUUAUUACUUUACAAUAGGUAUAUACAGUAGAAUAUUCAAAACUUGUGUUUCUUUAAAAUAUUUGUAUUAAUUCAAUACAAUAAAAUGUAGAUGAGUUGUAAGUUAAGAGGCAAAACCAGCUUCCUAGUUCCAAAACUUUUUACCUGUUCCAGAAAAUUGACAUUGGUGUUACAAUGAGUGUUUGUUGUCAACAUUAGUGAACUGUCUCAUAAUGCUUAUCAGUGAAAAAUUCCUCCUACUACAAGCAAAAGUUAUUGCUUUAGUAGCAAAUUGCUUCAAGCGAGGAUUGUGUGAAUGCGGUUGCCUUGAAGUCCCCUUGUCUAGCAAAAUUAUUAGCUCUAGGCUGAGCUCUGGCUGAACACUUCCUGUGGUGAGGUGCUCUACUAGACAGGGUUCUAACUCCAGGAAUGAGGGACUCCAACAUUCCCAUUAAAUCUGAAGGCAACUGGUCAGCUGAUGUGCAGUUACAGCCCUACCAGAGUCACUGAUAAAUCUCCUGUAGUUGUCAGUGGUGCUAGAAUGUCGUGUGCUUUGCGGGUUUUAUGGAGCAGAGGUGUUGAAGUGAGUUUUCAAUCAGUAUCUGCUACUGUCCUUCAGCAGCGCUACAAACAAAAGGAAGAUCCAAGCUUUUGAAGGAAGUGGGGGUUGGUUAAAUGCUCCAUACCUGGGCUUCCUCAGCACCUCUCUGUUGGUCAUAAUCUUUUGCUGGAGGCAGGCAAUGGCUCAGGUAUUGCUGAAAAUUUGGCUUGACUUAGUCUUCAGUCCAAUUGCCCAAGAAAGUGACUUGCAGUCACUACCUGCAAGUAGGUGACUACAGCUUAGUCACCUUUUAUUAACUGACACUUGGAAAAACAUAAAUGUGCAUCUUUCAGAGCUUGUAAGCUGUGCAUGCAAAAGCUGCAAAUGCCUGCUGCACAACAAGCCUGCUUUUUCAAUAGAAGAAUCUUUACUAUGCAAUAGCAUCACUUUCUCACGUUUCACUGUAUGCAGGGUCUAACUUUAGAAACUAACUCUUUACUUUCCUUUUGAAAAGCAGUGUAACAGCACAGAAGAGAGCAUGCAACACAGCAACCUGCGUGACCCAUCGUCUGGCAGACUUCCUGAGCAGGUCAGGAGGAGUGGGCAAGAACAACUUUGUACCAACCAACGUGGGAUCCAAGGCUUUUGGCAGACGAAGAAGAAGUGUUCAAAUAUAAAAAGCUG